AUGUCCAAUACACCAACACCACAACCAAGCUCCGGGUACGCCUCACCAGCUCCAUCGACAGUCCCAUCAAACCCCAAUACACCUAAAUCCAAGGCAACUAACGUAUUUUCUAACGACGGCUCUUUUCUAGAGCGAUUUCAGCGUAACAAGAAGGACGAAGAAGAUAAGAAGAAGCAGGAAGAGGCGCUUACAAGAAAGCGGGAGUUCGACAGUCGUUUUAAAAAAAGGGGCAAGCGUCCCCCACCUGAUCCAUCCCCUGCAGUGACUGUUCCUGAAAAUCCUCCAUCCAAGAAAGCAAGAUCAGACAAACCACUAACCGAAUAUGAGAAGGAAGUAAAGAGCUACACUCCCAGCCUCAAAGACAGCGGUAUUGGCGUUCGACCUCUUGUUAAAUAA